AUGUAUCCUGUCGGCCCUAGCCCGGAGUCAUCCAGGCAGACCAGUCCUGCUUCGAAGGACUUCAAUCCCCGCAAGCGCGGACGAACAGCCUGCACACGCUGCAAGACUAGGAAACAAAAGUGCGACAACGAAUAUCCGACCUGCUCAAACUGUCGGAAAGCAGGGGUCACGUGCGACAAGUCGAGCGUGCGCGAAGAUGCAGACCGUCAGAACGACUACACACGUGCACUGGAAGAAAGAGUGGCAUUCCUCGAGGGCAAGCUGGUCCAGCCUGACCCAUCGUCCUCCAGCCACAAUGCAGCCCCAAAUGUACCAGCCUCUGUUUGGUCUCCGCAGGGUAGUCACACAACACCACAAACAACGGCCUCUGGCCUGGAUAAUAACCCAGUAGGAGAGAUUGUGGGACUCCUUGCCUUGAGUUCAUCCGAAGCACCCGCCUAUGUGGGCUCAAGCUCCGGUCUGUCCCUAGCCGCCAACUUGGGUGAAAUGGUACAAACAAGCGUCUGGAAUCAGUUUAUUUCACGGAUGCAGCCCCAGCAAAGCUCAGCAAUAAAUAGCAACCCGCAAAAUAAUCGCGGGUUGAGUCCUGCGGCAACCCCUCCGGCCGGUGGCCCUCGAAUGCGAGACCGAUGUAAAAGAGCAGACGAGCUUUUGCCCGAACCGCCAACAGAAGAAAUGGGAAAUAGGAUGCUAGAAACUUAUUUCAUAAGACUGCACUCUCGUUAUCCAUUUUUGGACCGCAAGCAGAUAUGGACUCUUCACGAAGAACGUUGGCGGUUAGCAAAGACAAAACGUGGAGAUCUCACGAGAUCGGAUCGAUUUGCAAUCUUUAAACUGAAUCUGGUUUACGCUAUUGGCGCAACGAUGCUUCAAUUUAGUGAGAAGUACAAAUAUGCAUACACCGCACCAGAGCGAUUUUAUACAUCUGCGCUACAGUAUGUGCCCACAAUGUGCGACGCUCGCUCUAUUGAGAACAUCGAGGCAAUGCUUCUCCUCGUUGUAUACCACCUCCGUACUGCCUCUAGCCAUGGCAUGUGGUACAUGAUCGGGCUGGCAAUGCGUACAGCUAUUGAUCUCGGUCUCCACCGAAAGGCAAACGAAAUUAACAUGGAUCCAUUCACCACUCAGAUGCGAAGGAGACUAUUCUGGACAGUCUACUAUUUAGAAAGGGUGGUCUCGAUGUCUCUUGGACGUCCUUUUAGUAUCUCCGACCGCCACAUCGACCUCGAUUUACCAAUAGACGUGGAUGAUGACAUCCAAGAUCCCGCCCUUCUAACCGCAUCGCAAGUACCGGGAAAGACAACCACUCUCACAUUUGCAAUCUACCUCUUCAAACUCCGCCGCAUCGACUCCCGAAUUCAACAUAAGAUAUACCGCGCCGACAGACCGCUCUCCUCCCUCCGCCUCAAAAUGGACCCCUUAUACCUCGAGCUUGAAGAAUGGAAAGAGUCCGCUCUCCUCCGAUUCUCUGGCUCGGAUCUCGACUAUCCUAUGCUUCACUACAACCGCGCCGUUCGGCUCCUAAUUCAACCGUUCCUCCCUCUUCUCCCGAUCACAGACCCAUACUACAAGAUCUGUCUCGAGGCCGCAGGGGAAAUCUGUCAGUCCCACAAACGUCUCCACCAAACCCUUGAAUACGGCCACUCAUUCCUCGCCGUACAAACCGUCUUCAUGGCUGGUAUCACUCUCCUAUACGCGUUAUGGACACACACAGAUCAAGUUUGGACUGUCCGCAUGAGUAAUGAUAUCCGGGCCUGUUCAACAGUGCUCUUCGUCAUGGGUGAAAGAGCGGCCUGGGUAAAGAAAUACCGCGAUGCAUUCGAGCUCCUCGUUAAUGCAGCCAUGGAGAAGCUGCAAGGCAACGAAACUGCUCGGAACGCAGGUAUGGCUGAGCUCAUGACAGCACAACAUGGUGGUGCGUCUCUAAACCCUACUUUUCCCGGAAUGUCAAGUGGGGAAAGGCUCCCCGCGGAAAACCCGACCGGGUUAGCGCCAGAUACCGCCGGCUUUGGGACACAGGUCUAUCCCGACGAUGAUAGUGACCAUGCCGUUAGGAUGGCGUUGCAACUUGCACCGUGGAUUGACCAGAACCAGAGCGAUCCGUUGUGGAUGCCGGAUUUUGAGACACUAGAGAGCUUGUCCGGAACGUUCUGGAAUGGUGCUGAUUCUACUCUUUUUGAUGCAUUAUGA